UCUGGUUCGUCAGUUGCUUUACUACGGCUACAGUGAGUUGGACGUGUUUGAAGAGACGUUUUUUUCAGUCAGUCUUACACAACGUUCUCGGUGUCGACGGCAACAUAAUAAAUAGUCAGAGCUAAAAAAACGUGCAGUUAUUUUUCGAUUUAACGUUGAAAUUACCAAUCGGUCAAUAAAUAAACAAGAAAAGGUUUUUUUUCUCUGUCGUUAAUUUAUAAUGAAAAGUUAAUUAUUUUAAAUUGACCAAAUAACCAAAUCACUUGAAAAUUACUGUGCAAAUUUGUGUCAUACUCAACGACUUACUUUAUAAAACACUGUAUACCAUAACAAGUAAACGAAGAAUUAAAAAAAAAAAACUUCAAAUCCAUUCGAAAGUAAUUAAAAUGUUUUGUUUAAGUACGAUGUUGAUGAAUGAUGUCGAUGGAUUUAAAUGAGACUAAUCAACGUAAAGGACACAAAUAAUAGCAUCGUUGACUACAGUGAUCGUUUUGUGAUUGAUAAUUAUUGAUACAAAAUAAUAAAAUUUUCGUCGGUGCGAAGAAUUGGACAUCGAAAUGGCAAGGAGGAAGUGUGUUAGGUACACAUUUACCGUCAUCUGCUUCAUUUUAAUGGUUUUGCAUUUAUCACAUGCUCAUUGGUGGGAACUGGGAACAUAUUCAUGGCAUACUGUUGGCUUAUUAGAUCCAGCUGGAGCGGUCAAGAGCCAUUCCGACAUUUGCCAAAGUUUAUUAGAUAUUACAACAGACCAACGUCGGAUGUGUAUGCGCAGUCACCGUGUACUAACGGCAAUUUCCCUAGGUGCUAAAAUGGGCAAAGAAGAGUGUCAGCAUCACUUUCGUAACAAUCGAUGGAACUGUACAUCAAAUUCGAAUGUGAUCUACGGUGAUGUGCUGUCAAUAAAAAGCAGAGAAACGGCUUACAUUCAUGCGAUCAAUUCGGCUGCAUUAGCAUGGUCCAUUACUAGAGCCUGUUCGAAGGGUGAUUUGGCUGAAUGUUCUUGUGAUAACAGCAUAAGAAGAAAAACAAGAAAAUGGCAGUGGGGUGGAUGUUCUGAGGAUAUUAACUAUGGAGUGACGUUUUCGAGAAAAUUCAUUGACUCACAGGAAAGUAAUACGAGUAUUGCCGGACUGAUGAAUUUGCAUAACAACGAAGCUGGAAGGAGGGCAAUACGAUCCAGAAUGCAAAGAGUCUGUAAAUGUCACGGAAUGUCUGGUUCUUGUUCAGUACGAGUAUGCUGGAGACGAUUACCUUCAAUACGAUCCGUUGGCGAAGCACUCGGACAACUCUACGACGGUGCUUCAUACGUUAAGUUAGUGGAACGAGAUGGGAAAGCUUCAAAAUUGAGACGUCGUGAUCCUGAGCUGAAAAAAUUGAUAAAAUCUGAUUUAGUGUACCUAGACGAGUCACCGGAUUAUUGUGAACGACAGGAAUCAUUUGGCAUAUUAGGCACAAGGGGACGUCUAUGCAAUCGAACAUCGCACGGUAUCGAUGGUUGUCGUUUACUCUGCUGCGGACGUGGCUAUCAAACGCGAAUACGACAUGUCGAAGAGAAAUGUAAAUGUAAAUUUGUGUGGUGUUGUCAAGUUAAAUGUGAAAUGUGUAACUAUAAACGUGAAGAACAUAUUUGCAAUUGAGAACGAAAUUGAUUUCGUAAAUGGUGAUAAAAUUGUUCGUUAACGACAAAAUACUUUUAGACUUUUUUGAUGGAAAAAUGAUGGGAGACGUAUAACUGUAAUGAAAAUUCAUUUUUUUAUUUAAUUUUUAGAAUAUUUUCGUGUGAUUUAUAAGUAGUUACGUAGGAUUAAGAUGAAAUUUGGAACACUUUCUACUAAUCAGAUUGCUAAUUUAUAGUGUUUUUUGAUGUAAAAUUGAAAUUUUCGUUUUUGAAAUGCUCAGAAAUUUAAGAAUUUCAGAAAUUAGACCAGACAUGUUCGAAUUUAGUUUAAUUGAAUAAAAGUUUGUGUUACAUGUGGUCCGUAUGCCAUAAAAUAUUAUCGUUCUUCCCUCCAUUAAAGAGUAUGCAGAAAAACACACCUCCGCGAAAUAAACCCAUUUUGUAAGACUAAGUUUUGUGACCACUAGGCCUAGAAGAUUAACGGUGAAGACUUGUUCUAUACUUGUGUUGGUUGAGAACGUUUUGUUUUAUUCCAUUAAAUUUUGAUCCCUUUUGGAAAGCAAUCGUAGUCACUCCGUUUAAUUUGCAACGAUGGAAAGUGGGAGGAGUUUUCGUUGUUUGAUCGUAAACGGAUAGCUAAACAGAGCAAGUGGGUGGAGUACUUCAACGGUCGUGAUUCCUAUGUUCGACUUUAUCGGGCAUCAGUGUGCUUUUCUCUGCUCAGUACAUAACAGACAUAAGUUUUAGGAAAACCGUACCUGUCUUACCCUAAAGAUCUCUUUCGCAUAAAAUCAAAUUUCUUAUUCUGCUCUACAGGUCUUUGGCUAAUAGUUUUCCACUUUUUUUUAAAUCUGUUUCUUAUGGUGCAAUUAUUACUUCAAUUUUAGAGCGAAUGCGGCAUAAAAUUCGUGAAAUAAUUUCAAUUUUUUACAAUUUUCAUCAUUAUCUCUAUCUCCUCAAUCGACCUGCACAACUGAAGUGAGCAAAAUUUACAUUUUAAUGGACCCAAGACAAAGUAAGUCUCUUCCGUCCUGCUCCAUCAUCACACAUGUGUUUAUUUUGCCGACCUCUAAUAAAUUUUAAUAUUUUUUUUGUGAUAAAUGACAUUCAUUUUAAAUACUCAAGCACAUAAAUGAAGUGUUUUUCACCAUUGACUCCUUGACUUGAAAUACCGGAUAACAAUCAGAGCUUUUGCAGUGUUUGUCAUCUGUUAGCCUAUAACAUGACCAUGAGUACUUAAAUUUAAAGAAGAAGCACGAAGAAUAGGGUCCUACGAUACUCUCAUUGCGUAUAAGUGCUUCUACUUCCUUAUACUCAAUUUACAUUUCAUCGAUGUAAUACGAUAGACUCUAGAUCUAUUCACCAGUGGCGCCAAGUUUACAGGAGCCGAUGGAUGAUUGUCCCCAAUGGAGAAGUGACUGUGACCGAGAAGAUGGAACUUCUAACUUUUUCCCGAGAUAAACACAACGUUUUUCACAAAAAUGAUUUCCGGUUUAUAAGCGAAGGGGAGCGUCUGCGUUGUGAAAAUGGAUUUUUCUCCAAGUCCAAGGCUUAGGGAGUGUCCAUAAAUGAUACCCGCUUUUUCAGUGGUGUCAGCAGUUUUAAGUUUUAGUGCGAAUAGCACUUUCCCUUGUAUAACUUUACCCAAUAUGAACAGAAUCUAAAGCCAACACCUCUGCUACUCACAUAACACCUACCCGUUUGUGGAAAGCCUCUCAUAGGCGUGAGACUCCGGUCUAAAGUGUACUCACUCGUUCACCUAUGUUUAAGUACAUUUUAGUAUGCGAUACGUGUUUGGAUUUUGGAUAGUGGGUUCGAUGAAAGUAAUUUAUUAAAAAAAGAUAUGCCAAAAAAACGCUUUUCAGUGGGUAAUAUUAAAUAUGUAAGAUGUAGAGUAAAUUUCUAUUGUAAAGUAAGAUGACAUUUUGGAUGAUAACAAUUUUCCACAAACAAAAUAUUUAUUUGAAAAAUUAGGGGGAAAAAAUCCAGAAAAGUGAGAAGAAUUUUUGUUAACAUUAAAUUGGAAGUUGAAUAAAUAAAUGAGCAUUUUCUUAGCUUAUAGCCUAGCGAUAAGAUAUUUUUAUUAUUGUUUGUAGGGUUGAUGUUCUUAGUAAUUUUUAAUUUAUUAAAACGUAGAAUUACACACUCAAUUCAUCCCUAAUCUUAAUGCUUGUAGUAUUUAUUCGAAUAAAAAAAUGUAAAAAUUUU